CGAUGGCUGGGAGGAGAGGACCCAGGCCUGGCUUGGACGCGCCAUCGAUCCGAUCUGCAGGCACCCUUUGUAAACAGGUUGCAACCCAACCGAGUCGACCACAGACCACUCGUUCCUUUUCGGCUCUAGCUGCCUCUCCACCCUUCUCCGUCUGCCUCCACCCAGGCCGAGCCAUCUCAGCUUCCACCACCGCAGCUCCACUCCACCUCUCUCUCCCGGCCUUCCCUCGUCGUCCUCCUCUUCCCACGCCUCAACAGCCCGCGCGUGGAGUGGCGACCCCAUCAAGACUUGGAUUGUCGGCUUCCUCUUCUGUUGUUGCAGGAGAGGAUGGUGCUUCUCGCCAAGCUCGGGGCACCGAGCAUACCAGAUCAGUCUCGGUGGCUAUCUAUCCCGUUGUGUGAUGGACAGAAGAAAACUGCUGUUGAUCCCUGCAAUUAGUAUCGGCAUUGGCUCCUUUCAGUACACAUUUGAGAAGGGAGUGGCAAAAGCUGAAUUUGCUGAUAAUUAUGGAAAAACCAAAAUGCGGUAUCCAGAUUACACUGAAACAGAAUCAGGCCUCCAGUAUAAGGACUUAAGGGUUGGUGAUGGCUCUUCCCCAAAGAAGGGGGAGACGGUCGUUGUUGAUUGGGAUGGCUAUACAAUUGGAUACUAUGGUCGUAUUUUUGAAGCUCGAAACAAGACCAAAGGUGGUUCUUUUGAGGGUGGUGACAAAGACUUCUUCAAGUUUAAGCUUGGAACAGGACAGGUCAUACCAGCUUUUGAGGAGGCCAUAACAGGCAUGGCUCCAGGAGGAGUUAGAAGGUAAGGUGUCUUCCAUUUCCCAAACCAUAACUUCGGCAUAAGUUUAUUUCUAUUA